UUCCAUCAGGCAUAGCGGAAGUCACCUAAGCUUCCUGCCUGUAGUUGGGUCCUGUGCAGCAGCCCGUGCGAGGCUGUCCUGGAGACCCCGCGCUGCCUGCACCUCUAUCGUCUCGGUUGUCAUGGAUGAUGAAGACGGCAGGUGCCUUCUAGAUGUGAUUUGUGACCCAGAAGCUCUCAAUGACUUUCUUCAUGGAUCUGAGACCCAUUUGGACACUGACGACCUUUUGGAUGGUUCGGGUGACCCCUCCAGCUCGUUCUUCUCUACCACCGGGGGACAUGUUCCAGAAGUCCAGCCGACGGUCCAGCUCUCGGCCACCGAGGCGGCAGGCCUGCCCAGAGUCAGUGUUGACCUGGACUUCCUGGAGGAUGACGACAUCCUGGGAGGAUCGCCUGAUGGGGAAGGCGGCAGCAACGGUAUCGGGGCGAACCACGAGCCGUGCGACAUCCUCCAGCAGAGCUUGGCCGAGGCCAACAUCACAGAGCAGAGUUUACAAGAAGCCGAGGCCGAGCUGGACCUGGGCUCCUUUGGAAUCCCAGGCCUCACACAAGUGGUCCAGACGCUGCCCGACACCGGCCUCUCGGGAGCCGGUGGCACCGCCGUCGGCGUAGGCAUUGGCGUCGGGGGAGCGGCGACGAUCUUUCCCGGGUCGGCCCCAAAUGCCACCACAACACCCCCAAACGCCACGGCUGACAUGCUGGGGUCCGUACUGGCUCAGCAAGGCCUCCAGCUCCAACCACAGGUCAUGAACAAGGCCAUCAGCGUUCAGCCUUUUAUGCAGCCGGUGGGCCUCGGAAAUGUGACACUUCAACCAAUUUCGAGUCUUCAAACGCUUCCCAACGGGAGCCAGUCUGGACAUUUGGGGAUCGGACAGAUUCAGGUUGUGGGUCAGCCCACAGUCAUGACUAUCAAUCAGUCUGGGCAGCCCAUCUUGGCCAAAGCCAUGGGCGGUUACCAGCUGCAUCAGUCUGGGCCAGAGGUAUCGGGGGCUACUACUCAGACGGGGAUCGGGGCUUCAGGCGGCGGACUUCUCAUCCAAAGCAACAAAACCUCUUUGGGAUCUCCAGCUUUAAACGGACCGGCUGCAGUCGUUAGCAGUACAAACAGUAGCGCCACCAUGAGCGCUCCUGCUGGACUUGUGGGCUUUGGAGGGACCCCCCUGAGUUCAGGAAUUGCAGCCCAAUCUCAAUCCCAAGGCCAGAUAAUGCAGAACGUGAUUAUCCAGCGCACACCAACACCCAUUCAGCCUAAACCCCCUCAGGGGGGAGCCAUCCAGCCCAAACUCUUCAAGCCGCAGCAGCAACCACAACAGCAGCAGCAGCAGCAGACACAGCCGGCACCCCAAAACCUGCAAAACGAUGCCACCAAGGCUCUCGGGCUGCAGCAAAUUCCAGUUUCUGCAGCUCAGAAUGUAACUUUCCUGACUGGGAAACCAGGCUCAAACGUUGUACUCAGCACUCAAACGACACAAGCCCCUCAGUUUCAGCAAACCCUGUUCAAGCAGCAAGCCGCGCAACCAUCCGGCAAACCCCUCAGUGUCCACUUGUUGAACCAAUCAGGCAGCAUCGUUAUUCCCUCUCAGACGGUUCUACAAGGUCAGAACCACCAGUUCCUUCUGCCACAGUUGCAGGCAGGUGGGCAGAUCCUGACCCAACACCCCGGGGGACACAUCAUCACAAGUCAGGGUCCUGGUGGGCAGCUCAUUGCAAACCAGAUUUUAACCGCAAAUCAGAACAUCAAUCUGGGUCAAGUGUUGACGUCCCAGGGUCAUCCCGGGGCCGCCCACAUCCUGUCUGGACCCAUUCAGCUCCAGCCUGGCCAGAUGGGCACGCCCACCCUCUUUCAGAUGCCCGUGUCAUUGGCUCAGACAGGCCAGACCCACACCGUCUCAGGACACGCCCCGACAGUCAUACAGGGAAUGCCUAUUCAGAACUCCUUGACUAUGCUGGGCCAGGUGGAGGGCUUGAGCCCUGCAGUCAGCCUUCAGCCGGCCUUGCAACCCCAACCGGGCGGAGUCCCCAGCAGCAGCAGCAGUAGCAGCACCGGAGCAGCCACCAUGGCGGCGACCAUGGUUCAGGGGCAGCCCGGGGAGUGUGUGACGGUGCUGGGUAGCGCCACAGACCAGGCCGCUCAGCCCACCCAGCAGCAUGUGGCGCAAUCCUCCAUCCUCGCCAUGCAGCCAGCUCCCUGUGUGGUCACCACGGUUGCUUCCUCCACUCCGUCCAUGUCCACGUCUUCGUCUGUGACAGCAGUCGGGCUGGUCCCCCCGCAGGCUCAACACAGUCCAGGGAGGCUUCUGUUCACCAACCAGGGCUCCAGCAUGAUCCUGAGCCAGGAGUCCCUGCAGAUGUUCUUGCAGCAGCCGAGGGAGCAGCACCACCAAACGGAGAACCAUUCCGCCCCCACCGUGGGGGUCCCGGCAUCUGUAAUCGUCAACAGCACCGACGUCACAACUCCGGCCCCCGCUGUCCGUGACAGCCUAUUAAGUGACUCGUUGGUGGGUCAGAGCCCCUCCCCUGGCCACUCCCACUCGGUAAAGCAGGUACCCUCCGCUGGGCACCAGCAGCCCCUGAAGAUCCAGAGCAUGUCCCCCACGCCGGUCCUGACCGGCCACACGGCGGCGCCCCCGGUGUCCGACAGCCCCCAACCCUCCCAGUCCCCGCUGACCCUGAGCCAGCAGAUCCAGUCGCCGCACCAUCAGCAGUCGCGUCCUCCCUCGCAGCCUCAGCCGCCAUCGCAAACGUCGUCCCGCUCGUGCACGCCGUCCUCCCACCCGCCGCUCUUCAUCGUCCACAACCAAGUGGCCGAGUCUCCGCAACCCCAGGUGGCUCCGGGCCAGCCCCAGCCGGCUCAGAUCCAAGUGCAGCUCCUGCCUCAGCCGCGUCCCGCCUCCCAGCCUGCGCCCUACCAGCCGCCCGAGCAGCCCCCCGUGUCGCAGUCACCCAAGCCCCCGCCCGCUCCGCACCAAUUUGCCGCACCUCCCGUCAGCACUUUGGCCUCCGCCGUGUUAAAAGCCCAGCUUCCCGUCCACAGCCUGACGGCGGAUCAGCAGCAGCACCUGCAGCUGUUGGGGUCGCAGAUCCAGACGCUGUCGGCCAUCAGCCAGCCGUCCCUGCAGCAGAAGCAGCUGCUGGAGAAGCUUCACCAGAUCCAGCAGAGCAUCCUCCUGCAGGUCAAGCAGCCCGUUCAGGUCCUGCCUCCACCCAACAGUCAAUUUGGUGGCCAGCAAGACGUGCCUGUGGACAAAACGGCCAUCGCCUCAUCGGCCGGCACCGCCACAUCUGCUCAGCUGGCCCCGACGCUGCAGCCCGCGUCAGUGCUCAUCACGAGUCCUGCUACAGCCUCAAGUGACUUACAGGUAGUCUCAGGAGUCCAGGGACCAGCUGGAGCCAAGGUGAAUCAGACUAUCGCUCCUGUGAGCCUUACUCAGCCUGCACAGAUUCAGCCAAAGCCCGGAGUGAUCAGCUCAGUGGGAGGGGUGACUCUGGGUAAAGGUGGCAUGCAGAUACACGUGUUAGGCGCCAGCGUCACCCAAAUGCCUGCUCCACAGCCCCCGGCACCACUGCAACCUCAGACAUCAGUGAAUAUGCCUUUCAGCGCGGAGCCGAGCAAAGAAGCCAGGAUGUUGGAGCAGCUAAGGAAGCAGCAAGGCUCGGUGCUUCACCCCAACUACAGCGCUCCUUUCUACUCCUUUGAGGACACGCUGCACAGAUUGCUGCCUUACCAUCUCUACCAGGGAACUGCCAACUCCUCUCAAGACUACCAGAGAGUGGAUGACGAAUUUGAGAGCGUCUCCUGCCAGUUGCUGAAGAGGACGCAAGCCAUGCUGGAUAAAUAUCGCCACCUGCUCUUCACCGAGUCAAAGCAGAGACUCGGACCCUCGGCGGAGAUGGUGAUGAUCGACCGCAUGUUCAUCCAGGAGGAAAAGCUCGCCAUCAGCCAGGACAGGAUUCUGGCCAAAGAAAGACCAGAGGAGUUUGUGGCAAACGCACGCCUGUUGGAGAGUUUAGCUUCUUCCCAACAGAAGUCACCUAAGCCUGAGCCUGCCUCCGCCAUGGCCCCGCCUCCAGCUGCCGUGGCCCCGCCGCCGGCCCCCGCUCCGCCCCCAGAACCUGCGCCUCCCGCUCCUUCCAUUCCUUUGCACGUCACCCCAAAACUUCCACCUCCAACCCCCAGCCCAGCACCGGUCCCCGCACCUGUCACCAUCGCUGCCGCCCCCCCUCCGACCGCCUCCUUCCCCCCAACAAAACUGGUUAUAAAGCAAGGCGGGGGCGGCGCCUCUGUGUCGUGGUCGAGCAGCUGCCCUGCUCCACCAGCGGUGAGCAAGCCAGAGUCCGACCCUGUCACUCAGACCUCCUCCUACACUCGCCCUCCUGCAGCAGCAGCGACAUCAUCAUCAUCAUCGUUGUUCUCCUCUUCCUCCUCCAAGUCCCAAAUUGCAGACGACGACGAUGCGCUGCCGCAGAGGACCAGCAAGCCGCCCAUCAAGACCUAUGAGGCGCGGAGGAGGAUCGGCUUGAAGCUGAAGAUCAAGCAAGAUCAGACUGGUUUCAGCAAGGUGGUCCACAACACAGCCUUAGACCCCGUGCAUACCCCGCAGUCCGCAUCUCAGCCAGAAACCCCCAAAUCCCACCCAUUAUCCACGCCGCCCCCCAGCGUCAUCAGAGCUCAGUCGCCGGUUUUCUCCACUGCCACCUCGUCAGUCGCCACGGCGACCACACAGUCCAACCCGCCGCAGAGAGCCCCGCCCGCCACACCUUCCACACAAAUGAACGGCACUUUGGAUCACCAUGAAGUGGGCGGAGUCAAACACAACCCUGCCUCCACCACGGCACCCCCACAGACCACCUGCCGCCUCCCCCUAAGAAAAACCUACCGGGAAAACGUAAGUCCCAGAGUCAGGCCAGGCGUCCCAGGUGGCGGGGACGACACAGUGUCCUACCCCACGCCCUCGCUGUCCCCCGCCUCACAUGAACGUUCCCCCACAGAGCGGACAGUCAUAGCCAGCAUGAAGGUGGAGAAGAGAGGGCGGGACGGGGGCUCGGGCCAGGUGGGGGGAUCGGUGCGGGGCUUGGACGCCGUGGAUGAGGUUUUCAACCGCGGUCUCAAGGGCUCGCAUCACCACCUCCCACAUCACAUGGAUAGGGAGGGGGUGAAAGGCAGGGGGGAGGAACGCUCGGAGCAGGACGUUGACUUCGCCAAGUACAAGAGGACAAGCGGCAAACACAAACAGCGGCAAGCUGGGACCUUCCGAAUGGACCAGCAUGCGCCCGGGCCCCCUUCCCCCGAGUUCACGCGGGACUCGUUGCUCCCCGCUAAGCGCUGCAAGUCAGACUCCCCCGACAUGGACAACACCAGCUUCUCCAGCGGCAGCCCCCCCGACGAUUCCCUCAACAAGCACCUGCAGUGCGCCAUCGACAGCAUCCUCAACCUGCAGCAGGAGCCCACGCUGCGCGGCCACCACCACAAGGGCGGCAACGGCCGGACGCACCAAAACCCGCGUUCGGGGGGACCCCAGGGUCUGCCCCACCGGCCCUCGGGUCCCCCCUCAUCCUCCACCGCUUCCUCGUCAUCCUCACUGGCCCCGCACCCUCAGGUCGGCGGCCGCGGUCACAAUGGCAGCCUGGUGCCGCAGACUCAGAGCAGAUAACAGCCACCCCCCCCCAGCCCCAAACUGGACUGACGGGGGAGAUGGGGCGCCCAAGAGACACGCUAGGUGCAGGCGGGGGGGGAGGUUGGUUGGCUGGCACUGUGAACUGUUACUCUGCCAAGAUGUGAUGUGUGUCCGUGGAAUUGAGCAGUCAUGUUUGGUUGUCUUGCCCAGCCGGCUCUGUCGUUUUCUUCACCUUCUGUCAUGUGACCUCCUCCUUUGACCACAUUCCACCAGUGAGGAGCCUGUCUCACAUUUAAACGUUGUUUCAAACAGCCACAAAGCAGUCAGUUGUUGUCGCACAAGCUUGGGAUUGUGUUCAAUGGCCGACACUGCAGAGCACAAGCGUGGAAAAGUAAAAGUGCAAAAGCCUCCAUAAUCACAUGAAAACUCCUCCCUCAACCGUCUUUUUAACAACUAGUCAAACACAAGCUGCCAUGAUUGCUUUGGGUCAGCAGGGGGCAGCCCAGGCUCAUCACUACAUGACCCCCGUGUGUUUUCUUUGUAUUAUUUAAGCCUGGCGGACAAGUCCAACACAGCACACGCAUGGAAACGGAGAAGUAAAAGAGAAAAAGGAACAAUAAUAAUGUACAAAAAGACCGCAAGAGAAUUUGAAGUAUAGUAUUACAGAUUAAUUUUGUAUUGUAUUUAUUGUGUAUAUGGAUACUUUUUAAAACAAAACAAAUGUACAUUUAGUAAAACUGUAAAUUAAACCUUGCUUCUUUUAUGAAUCCCCGCUGACCUCACCCUCAUUUCUUCACCGCGUCAAGUGUAAAAAGAAGUGAACCGCUGACAAUGGUAGCAAUUAGAAAUGAUUGACAAGAUUCAGGGUCAAACAUAAGGCCAUUACACACAAGCGUAAAAAGAAGUGAACCAUUGCUAACGGAACAAAAAAACACUUCCUAACAUCCUGCUGUCUUUCCAUUGAAGUACAAAAAGUAUUUAACCAAUGGUAAUAAUCUCACUGCUGUUUAAAAGGAAGUGAGUCACAACUGUGAUUGCCCUUAAAGUGUAAAAAGAAGGUAAGCAAUGUUGAUAUCCUAACCUAAAACCACUUGUGCCAAACGCGUUUAAUCUCCACCAAUCUACCACUGUUACCAGUAAAGUGGCAACGCAAAACACUCAUCUCACACCAUAACCUUCACUGCUGUUAAGGUAUCAAACUACACUUGGCAAUUGCCAUGAAAGUGCAAAAAGAAGUCAACCAGUGUUCAUUUGCCGACCUAUCAGGACUCCAUUAUAACCAUUAAAGUGAAAAAAGAAGUGAAGCAUUAAUUAGUAAGAAGA